CUGCCAGAGAACUGGACAGACACGCGGGAGACCCUGCUGGAGGGCAUGGUGUUCCAGCUCAAGUACCUGGGCGUCACGCUGGUGGAGCAGCCCAAAGGAGAGGAGCUCUCCGCAGCCGCCGUCAAGAGGAUUGUGGCCACGGUCAGCACCACACACACACACUUGACCUUCUAAAUUGCCACUCACCCCCCCCCCCCCCCCCCCCCCAGGCAUUCUACACCCUAUCCCUCCAAAAAUACAAACCUCCUUCUAGAUUCCCUGACCUUUUUAAAGGUUAUUUUGACAACUUUCCCAAACACAGUGUAUUGUGAUCUAUUCCAUAUAUUUUAAUACCUGUACCCCCCACAGUAUAAAAAGGUCCCAUUUACUUUCCCAUUAAGUUGUCGCCUUCAUGAAAGCCAACCUGCUGCAACACUCAGUGCUCCAGGCUCACGGUGCCAUUUAACCCAGAUGCAAUUAGUUGUGAUGCGUCUGUGUGUUGUUAUUAAAUACAGUAACAGGAAGGUGUAUUGUUAUUAAAUCUGGCAGCUCCACAGUAAUUCAGUUAGGGGGAGCAUAUCGGGCCCAGGGCACACAGGACAGAGUCUCAGAGGUGAUUGACACUGCUCUUUAUGUGGCCACCCUGACCAGACUAACAAGGCCCUGACAAUUGAUACAUUAGGCACUGUUGUUUUGGACCCAGUACUUAUUGUAUUUACAGGUUGAAAGCAGGAUUUUAGAAAGAAUGGCUUAAUAACAGUUUUGAGUCUUUCUUCUGCUGUUCUUUCUGAGUGUAUACAGUACCAAACUCUGUUCCUUGCUCUGCCCAAGGCUCUCGGUCUCGUCAUUUGUUAAUCUCCUGAGUGGUGUUUGUGUGUUCCAGAACUCUUACAAGCUGCUUGUCUUGACUGUGUGUUAGGGGUGUCAUUAGCUCUGCUUUGGGUGAGUACGGGACAGGCAGCUGAGGGGGUCUGUAGUAUGAAGUUGUCUAAUAGAUCUGUUUCUCCGGUAUAAUGAUACAAUUGUGGCUAGAAAGCCCUCAUCUGCCCCCAGGGUUGUCUAAAUCAUUUGUUUCUCAGAGGGAAGUGUGUUUAGGCUAGUUUUGAUUAAUGCCUGCUGGUGUGAAGGCUGCAUUUUGGACUACAUUUACAUUACAUUUGCGUCAUUUAGCAGACGCUCUUAUCCAGAGCGACUUACAAAUAGGAGUUCUGUGUCAGCACAGGAGGAGGUAGCUGAAGUGUAAAUGGACAAUCUAUACUGAACAAAAAUAUAAACGCAACAUGUAAAGUGUUGGUCCCAUGUUUCAUGAGCUGAAAUAAAAGAUCCCAGAAAUGUUCCAUAUGCACAAAAAGCUUAUUUCUCUCCAGUUUUGUGCACAAAUUUGUUUACAUUCCUGUUAGUGAGCAUUUCUCAUUUGCCAAGAUAAUCCAUCCACCUGACAGGUGUGGCAUAUCAAGAAGUUGAUUAAACAGCAUGAUCAUUACACAGGUGCACCUUGUGCUGGGGACAAUAAAAGGCCACUCUAAAAUGUGCAGUUUUGUCACACAUCACAAUGCCACAGAUGUCGCAAGUUUUUAGGGAGCGUGCAAUUGGCAUGCUGACUGCAGGAAUGUCCACGAGCUGUUGCCAGAGAAUUGAAUGUUAAUUUCUCUACCAUAAGCCAAACUCCAAUGUAAUUUUGGAGAAUUUUGCAAUAUGUGCAACUGGCAUCACAACCGCAGACCACGUGUAUGGCGUUGUGUGGGCAAGCGGUUUGUCAACGUUGUGAACAGAGUGCCCCGUGGUGGUGGGGUUAUGGUAUGGGCAGGCAUAAGCUAUGGACAAUGAACACAAUUGCAUUUUAUCUAUGGCAAUUUUAAUGCACAGAGAUCCCGUAAUGAGAUCCUGAGGCCCAUUGUCGUGCCAUUCAUCUGCCGCCAUCACCUCAUGUUUCAGCAUGAUAAUGCACGGCCCCAUGUCGCAAGGAUCUGUACACAAUUCCUGGAAAAUGUCCCAGUUCUUCCAUGGCCUGCAUACUCACCAGACAUGUCACCCAUUGAGCAUGUUUGGGAUGCUCUGGAUCGACGUGUAUGACAGCGUGUUCCAGUUCCCGCCAAUAUCCAGCAACUUCGCACAGCUAUUGAAGAGGAGUGGGACAACAUUCCACAGGCCACAAUCAACAGCCUGAUCAACUCUGUGAAGAUGUGUCGCGCUGCAUGAUGCAAAUGGUGGUCACACCAGAUACUGACUGGUUUUCUGAUAUCCAUGCCCCUACCUUUUUGGGUUACCAACAGAUGCAUAUCUGUAUUCCCAGUCAUGUAAAAUCCAUAGAUUAGGGCCUAAUUUAUUUAUUUCAAUUGACUGAUUUCCUUAUAUGAACUGUAACCUUAUAUUAACUGAAAUUGUUGCAUGUUGCGUUUAUAUUUUUGUUCAUUAUAGAUGUGUACUUUUAGCACAUACUUACACACUGGCAAAUGUCACACAGGUUUGAGAUUGCAUGAGCAUUGAUUGCAUUAUCAUUAUUAACAUAUUCCGCCUCGCUCGCUUGCUCUCUUUUUCUUUCUUCAAGGCCAAAGCCAGCGGCAAGAAACUCCAGAAAGUGACAUUAAAAGUGUCCCCUCGAGGAAUCAUCCUCUAUGACUAUGCCUCUAACCAGCUGAUCGAGAACAUCUCCAUUUACAGGUUAGUCUCUCUCUUUCUCUCUCUCUCUCACGUUCUCACUGACAGAGAAGAAGAUGCACACAUUCUCUGCGGGCCGCCCAAAUAACAAAUUCUAUCAGGCCAAGUAUCAUUUUCAACUUGCAAUAAAACAAAAGUUGUUUUCCUCCAGAAUCCCCCUCCCCUUCCAAACCCUCUCAUCCAUCACUUUGAGACUAAGAGUGUUGGGAUUUGCGGUGAUGAAGAAGGGUGGAGGGGUGGAUAGAGCUUUCCAUCAGUCCUCUCCCUCAGGAGGCCUCUACAACAACAGCUGAGCUUUCACCUGGGGUGUGAACGCUUACAAACAGGCAGCGCGAUAGCACACACACCCUUUCAAAAACAGAGUGUGACUUGUUGUUGCUUAGGCCAAACUUGAAUCGCUUGUAUAACAUUCCACAUUUAUGAGAAGUGGAGACUUCCCAACACUCAAUCUCGAAAUGAAUCAAGGCCAGAACUUGGAUCACUCUCACAGUAACCGAGGAGGGUUGGAUCACUCUCUCACAGUAACAGAGGAGGGGUUGGAUCAUUCUCACAUUUAACAGAGGAGAGGUUGGAUCACUCUCUCACAGUAACAGAGGGCGGGUUGGAAUACUCUCUCACAGUAACAGAGGACGGGCUGGCACAUUGAGGACAAGAUCACAAUCGUCUGAGUCUGAAGAGGCUGUGUGAUCUUCAACACUAACUAUCCAGCUGUGACUCAAUGUAAUGGUGUUGGUUCAAUUUAAAGCAAACGUUGUCAUUCACUGGGGUCCUCCUCUCCAGGCAUCUGCUAGAGAAGAUGGAUGAGCAGUAAAUGAAAUGGAUUUACCUAGACACCCAAUUUCACAAUGCUCUCACUCUUAACAUCGGUUGUAAAUCUCACAAUGUCGCGCCGUGCAGCUGUUGGCUUUUAUAGCAGAGAAAUGUUUUUUACACGUUGAGUUUUUAUAUCACUGAGUCAUUAGUUAACUAGACGUUUGAUCUCCGCAGAGUGAUGUUCAGAGUUUGAGCAGCAGGGUGCUGGUGUGAAGAGGAACAGGGAGGGCAGAUGGCGGUCAUUCAUUACACACCUGUCAAUCAGGUCUCGGGGUGAUGACAUCACCUAUGAUGUCAUGUCGCAGAUCAGAGCAUGUUCCAACGUUAAAGAGUAGACCUGUAGUUAAGAGGCAAGGUCCAAUCCAAUAAUACUAAAACACCACAGGUCUAGGUGGGCUGAGCGGACAGACACAGCAGGGAUCACAGUCUUAAUGGCUAAAAGUAAUGGAGCCGAGGUACACUGGGGACAAACUACAGACGAAUGUCCUUAAGUUAAAAUUCAAAGCCUGUAUUUUUUGAUUGGCUCUCCACCUGCAUGCUACAGUGUGUGUAUGUGGAAUGUGAUGGGUUUAUUUAAUGUGGAAAUGAAAGAUUUAAGUCUAAAUCUGAUUGUAGUGGGCUUAAAGGCUUAGUGAAGAAGAAGUUGCGUGAUAGCCCUGCCCAAUCCGCAGGGACUCUUAGCUUUUUAUUAAAACUAGUUUGUCCCUGUGACUCCUCCUCAGGAUAUCCUACUGCACAGCAGACAAGAUGCACGACAAAGUGUUUGCCUACAUCGCCCAGAGCCAACAAAACGAAACCCUUGAGUGCCACGCCUACCUCUGCACCAAGAGGAAAGUGGUGAGUCCGUGUGUGUUUUGUUUUUGUGUGUUUGUUUUUGUGUGUAUGUGUUUGUUUUUGUGUGUAUGUGUUUGUUUUUGUGUGUGUGUGUGUUUGUUUUUGUGUGUGCCUGUGGCCCCUCUUCCAAAUAGAAUCCCUCCCAGGAGGGGUUUUGUGAAUGAGUGUGCCACUCCCUCUCUUUCCUUCCUCUUGCUAAUUUAGCUCUAGGCCACACUUCCUCCCAGCUACAUAAACAACUAGUAAGGAAGAGGAGAAGUUGAACUGAGUAGUAGGGACCAACACCGUCACAUGGGUUAAUGUUCCCUCAUCAAGUGUUAGUUGAAGAGUUUCCUCUGGAGGCCGGCGACCCCUCCCUCUGUUAGUCUCUAGUUAUCCUCUUAUCUGUCUUCAAUGUGUUUUCCUCUCCCCUCUUAACACUUAGCCAACAUCUUGUAUGUCAUACUUACUGGGCUUAUUUCCCUCUCUCUCUCUCUCGCUCUCUCCCCCUUCCCUCUCUCUCCCCUCAGGCCCAGGCAGUAACGUUAACAGUGGCCCAAGCCUUCAGAGUGGCGUUUGAGUUCUGGCAGGCCGCCAAAGAAGGUACGCAUGGUCACCCCGGAUGA